UACUAACUAUUGUCUUGCAGCAUAAAAUAAUACAAUAUGUGUUUUAAACUCAUGAAAGAUCAGACCUUUUUUUUUUUUUUUUUACCAAAGUUUAACUUAGUAUUUGAAAUCUGUGCAUUCUGGAGGAAGGGUCGAGCGACAGGGUGUCUUCGGGUCAGUAGAGAUGUAAUUUCCUUUACAUAGUUCAUCCUCUAGGUGCAUCUCAGUCAGAAAAGUAUAAACUUAAUUAAUCUAAAUUAAAUAAAUGCCAAUUUGGUAAUAUUUAAAAAAUUACUUUUAUUUUAUUUUUCUUUAACUAGAGAGCCACCAUGGAGAGAUAAAGAGCCAUGUGUGGCUUCAGGGCCGCAGGUCGCAGACCUGUGCUCUGACUGAAAAAGAAAUUAGUUAAUUUACUGGUAAUUUUUCCCUGAAUGGAAGCUAAAACAGUAACUACAUUACAGAAUAGAAAAACAAGAUUACUAGAAAAAGUAAGUAAUACAUUCUGACCGUCCAGUUUUGUCCCAUUUGGCAAAAUGCAUUUAUUCCAGAUUAUUACUUGAUUGAUUUUUAUAGUAACAGUCAGUUGCGCAAAAUGUUUUGUUCCAUCUCCACAUUUACACCUGCAGGAUUUCUACAGUCACAGCAACUGGGUUGAAUUAGGAAACAAAUUUCCCAACAUAAAUAUGAUCAGAAAGAACGCCACCAUUGGAAAACUUGCAGGUAAAACCAUAACUUAGAGAAAUUGUUUCAACAUUUAUUAGUCAAAAAAGAUGCCUAGAAUUUUAUGUUUCUCUGCAGCUAAAACCACUGCAACCUGUCGUAGCUGUAAUGGGGACGACUGCAGCAACAACAUUUUGGAGGAUAUAAUAGCAGGAAAUAUUUUGACAUCUGGAUACUCUGUUGUUCGGACUUUGUCUGGGAACAAACCGAAAGGAAAGUGCAGCCAUGGGAGUUUCCUUGAUGCAAUAAGUUUAGGCGAGCCUAAAGGUGGGAUCAACAAAGAUUCUUACACCUCCAGCCAUGGACAUCUUCACAGGGAAGCAGCAGAGCUGGCAAUAUCUGCAACGAGUCAGCUUCUGGAGGACAUUCGAAGAGCCACUGGGGACAGAGAAUUCCUUCAGUUGAUGGGAAUCUCAAAGGGAUCAAGUAAGGCUCUUUGUUUUGUGGUGGACACAACAAGAAGUAUGGGUGACGACAUUGCAGCAGUACGAACCGUCACUUCAAAGAUAAUUGAUAGUAAGGUUGGAACAGAGGAUGAGCCUUCACUCUACAUUCUUGUACCUUUCAACGAUCCAGGUGAGUUCCUAGAACUGCAAUUCAAUCCUGUACAAUAA